AUGGCCUGCCUGCACGAGACGCGGACGCCCUCGCCCUCGCUGGCGCUGGCCUCGGACGGGACCCCGGAGCAGGAGCUGACCCCCACGCAGGGUGCUGGUGUGCGGGUGCCAUGGGCACGGGUGCCCGCAGACCCCUGGGAAGUGCCCUUCGAGGAGAUCCUGGACCUGCAGUGGGUGGGCAGCGGGGCGCAGGGUGCCGUCUUCCUGGGCCGCUUCCACGGCGAGGAGGUGGCCGUGAAGAAGGUGAGGGACCUCAAGGAGACUGACAUCAAGCACCUGCGCAAGCUCAAGCACCCCAACAUCAUCACCUUCAAGGGUGUGUGCACCCAGGCACCCUGCUACUGCAUCAUCAUGGAGUUCUGCGCCCAGGGCCAGCUGUACGAGGUGCUGCGCGCCGGGCGCAAGGUCACCCCCUCCCUCCUCGUCGACUGGUCCAUGGGCAUCGCCGGCGGCAUGAACUACCUGCACCUCCACAAGAUCAUCCACCGCGACCUCAAGUCGCCCAACAUGCUCAUCACCUAUGACGACGUGGUGAAGAUCUCGGACUUUGGCACCUCCAAGGAGCUCAUUGACAAGAGCACCAAGAUGUCCUUUGCCGGCACCGUGGCCUGGAUGGCACCUGAGGUCAUCCGCAACGAGCCUGUCUCCGAGAAGGUUGACAUCUGGUCCUUCGGGGUGGUGCUUUGGGAGCUGCUGACGGGUGAGAUCCCCUACAAGGAUGUGGACUCGUCGGCCAUCAUCUGGGGGGUGGGCAGCAACAGCCUCCACCUGCCCGUCCCCUCCGGCUGUCCUGACGGCUUCAAGGUGCUGCUGCGCCAGUGCUGGUGAGUGCACCCAUGGGGACACCCCGCCAUGGGGACACCCCACCUGGGGACACCCCAAGCUGGUGCCCGUGUGCCGCAGGCGGAGUGGCGGGAGGAGGUGAAGCUGCACUUUGAGAAGAUCAAGUCAGAGGGGACGUGUCUGCACCGGCUGGAGGAGGAGCUCAUCAACCGCCGGCGCGAAGAGCUCCGGCACGCACUGGACAUUCGGGAGCACUACGAGCGCAAGCUGGAGCGUGCCAACAACCUCUACAUGGAGCUCAGCGCCCUCAUGCUGCAGCUGGAGCUCAAGGAGAAGGAGCUGCUCAGGCGGGAGCAGGCACUGGAGAAGCGCUACCCUGGGCUCUUCAAGCCGCGGGCGCCGCGGGGGCUUCUGCACGGCAACGCCGUCGAGACCCUCAUCAAGAAACGCAAUGUCCCCCAGAAGCUCUCGCCCCACGGCAAGCGGUGGCCCCCGGGCAUGAGCAAGCGCCAGUCGCUGUCGACCUUCAGCUCGGAGAACUUCUCGGAUGGGGACGGGGAUGGGGACGGGGACGAGGGGCACACGAGCGAGCCCUCGCACAGUGCCACCCCCGACGUGGGCAGCACCAACACGGACGAGCGUCCCGAUGACCGUUCCGAGGACCUGCUCUCCCAGGGCUCCGAGAUCCCCCUGGAUGCCGCUCCCCCCGAGGGUCCUGGCCGCCGUCAAGGGGGGCUCAGCCCCAAGGUGAUGCCCCCACCCCAGGGCCCUACUGUAAUAGCCCCCACCCCAGAGGUGGAGAGAGAGGGCCUGUGCCCCUAG